GCCUAUGGGGAAAACUCCGAUGGUGGGGAGAAAGCCACAGCCUCAAAAGUGCCCCCCCAAACCUCCCCCUGCCUGGGUGCGGGGAGUGGGGGAAGAAGACCGGACCCCAAAAUUCAAGGGGACCUCCUCGGCCCACCACUGCCGGGAACCAUAACAAUCCCACUUGGCAACGCGCAUGCGCCAUCUUGCUCAAUAAAGGAAGGAAGCCGCCGAUUGGGCGUUCUAGGGACUACGGCGAUUGGCAGGAGGACCGCUUGGGGCGGUCUCUCCAGAGGAAACGGGCGGAGUUUCGCCCUUCCUAACUGGAAGAGCGUAACGACAGGGACACCCACCACUUCCGGAAACUAAACAGAGAAGAAGGAAGCUGACUGAAUCGGCGGCAGAGGAGCCCGGAUGAUGCAGGAGGACGGAGGAGCCCGGCGGGGGAAGGAAGGAAGCGCCGCCCGAGAGGAGGAGGAGAGCGGGCCCCGCGGAGCAGCCCUGCCCGGUCCCAGCGCGGCUUCCCCGGGAGACGGCGGGGAAAGGCCGGGGGGCUCCGGGGCUGCCGGAGGGAUGAGCCCAGGGGGAGCUCGGGAAAGGUGUCUGACUGAAGGGCGAUGCGGGGAGGAGGAAACGGGCGGCGACCCCUUCCCAAAAGGAUCUGGGGAGGAAGGAAAGAAAUAUGAAUGCCCGGAAUGUGGAAAAUCCUUCAAAAGAAACGACCAUCUUGAAAAACAUCUAAGAAUCCACUCAGGAGAAAAACCUCAUAAAUGCCUGGAGUGUGGAAAGAGUUUCAGUCAGUUGGGAAACCUUUCUAGACAUGAAAAGAUCCAUUCCGGAGAGAAACCAUACGAAUGCUUGGAGUGUGGAAAGAGAUUCAAUCUGAGGGAAAGCCUUAAUACACAUCAAAGGAUCCACACAGGAGAGAAACCACAUAAAUGCUUGGAAUGUGGAAAGAGCUUCAGUGUGAGGGAAAGCCUUUACAGACAUCUAAGCAUCCACUCAGGAGAAAAGGAAUAUCAGUGCCGGGAAUGUGAAAAAUCCUUCAGAACAAAUAAUGAUCUUGAAAACCAUCUAAGAAUCCACACAGGAGAGAAACCUCACAGAUGCUUUGAGUGUGGGAAGAGCUUCAAUCAUAUGAGCAGCUUCUAUAGACAUAAGAGAAUCCAUUUACGAAAAACGUAUCAAUGCUGGGAAUGUGAAAAAUCCUUCCAAACAAUUCAAAUCCUUGAAAAACAUCUAAGAAUCCACUCAGAAGAGAAACCGAAUAAAUGCCUGGAGGGGGGAGGGUCCUUUGAAAGACCCGGGAGUCCCCAAAGGAUCCAGGAGGGAGGAAAGAAAUAUCAGUGCCCGGAAUGUGAAAAAACCUUCAAGAGAAAUGGACAUCUCCAACUCCAUCUAAGCAUCCACUCAGGAGAAAAGGAAUAUCAAUGCCCAGAAUGUGAAAAAUUCUUCAGAAGAAAAGACCAUCUUCAAAGCCAUCUAACAAUCCACUCAGGAGAGAAACCUCAUAAAUGCAUGGAGUGUGGAAUGAGCUUCAAUCACAGGAGCAGCUUUAGCAGGCAUCAAAGAAUCCACUUGGGAGAGAAACCAAAUAAUUGCUUGGAGUGUGGAAAGAACUUGAAUGAUGGGAGCAGCCCUUGUAGACAUCAAACAGUCCAGUCAGGUGACAACCCGAAUAAAUGCCUGGAGUGUGGAAAGAGUUUCAAUGAUAUGAGCAGCCUUUAUAGACAUAGAAGAACCCACUCAGCCGAAAAACCGUAUAAAUGUCUGGAGUGUGGAAAGACCUUUGGUCAUUGGAGCAACCUUCAUCUACAUCAAAGGAUCCACUCAGGAGAGAAACCGUAUAAAUGCCUGGAGUGUGGAGUGAGAUUCUGUCAGAGGAGCAGCCUUUAUAGACAUAGAAGAAUCCACUCAGGAGAAAAACCGUAUAACUGUCUGGAAUGUGGAAAAAGCUUCCGCCAGAAGACUAACCUUCAUCUACAUCAAAGGAUCCAUUCAGGAGAGGAACCGUAUCAAUGCCUGGACUGUGGAAAGAGGUUUAUGGAUGGUGGAAACUUCCGUAAACAUCAAAGGAUUCACACUGGAGAAAAACCAUAUAAAUGCCUGGAAUGUGGAAAGAGCUUCAAUCACACAGGACACCUUAUUACACAUCAAAGAGUCCACUUAGGAGAGAAACAGGAAACCCGCCUGGGAUGUGGAAAAAGCUUCAAUGAGAAGAGAGCAGACGAAAGACUCGGGAAUCCCCAAGGAAUUCACGAGGGAGAAAAGAAAUAUCAAUGCACAGAAUGUGAAGAAUCUUUCAAAACAAAUAGAGGUCUUCUAAACCAUCUGAGAAUCCACACACCAGAGAAACCAUUUAAAUGUCUGGAGUGUGGAAAGUUCUUCACUCACAAGAGCACCCUCAAUAGACAUCAAAUAAGCCACUCCGGACAGAAACUGCAUACGUGCCUAGAUUGUGGAAAGAGCUUCACUCGGAAGGGACGUCUUUAUACACAUCAAAGGAUCCACACGGGAGAAAAACCAUAUAAAUGCUUAGAGUGUGGAAUGAGCUUUACUGACAGUGGAAAUCUCCGCAAACAUCAAUGGACCCACACGGGAGAAAAACCUCAUAAAUGCCUCGAAUGUGGAAAGUGUUUCAAUAUGAGAGGAACUAUGUAUAGACAUCAAAUGAUUCACACAGGAGAAAAACCACAUAAAUGCCUCGAAUGUGGAAAGUGUUUCAAUAUGAGAGGAACCCUGUAUACACAUCAAAGGAUCCACACAGGAGAAAAACCACAUAAAUGUCUGCAGUGUGGAAAGAGCUUCAAUCGGAGAGGAAACCUUUACAUACAUCAAAGAAUCCACUCAGGAGACAAACCAUAUAAAUGUCUAGAGUGUGGAAAGAGUUUCUCUGCAAACAGAAGUCUUUAUAGGCAUCAAAGAAUCCACACAGGAGAAACAUCACAUACAGUGUUUCCCCCAAAAUAGCCCUAGCCUGAUUUUUAAGCGUCUGCCUAAUAUAAGCCCUACCCCCAAAAAAUAACCCCUAGGGAAGGGAGAUGGACAUGGCCAGCACAGGAGGUGGCAAAUCCAUGUUGUAUGAUGGUGUCUGGCAGCAGCGGCAGCCCUCACAGCACAGGUGAGUUGAUUUAUCUGUGCAAGCAGCAGGUGGAAGCGGAGUUGGGGGGGGAGGCAGGGUUUCCCGUGCUUGCCGUAGGAACGCCGACAGUCUAACAGAGCAGCAUUUGGCCGUGGAAGGCUCAUCUUCACGCAGCGACACUGGCAGGAGACAGAGACAGAGGCGCAGGGAGUUUGUCAAGCAAUCCCGAUGCGCUGCACAGACCUUGAAAAAGCCUGCUGCGGGAGGCUCAACUUUUCAUCUCUCAGCUUGCCUGCAGCUCACACAGCGCAUCGAGGUCAUCUUCCUUCCUUUGCACCUCUGCCAGGGUCGGCGUGGGAAGAUGAGCCUCCCAUGGCCGGCCACAGCUCCAGCCCAGCAACUCGUGGCAUGCCGAUGUGGUACAGCCCAAUAGCCUGCCUUGCCCCCCACCUGUACUGCCACCUGCUGGUUACACAGGUAAUCAACUGAAACACGGUAAAUGCCUUGAGUGUGUGAAGAGCUUUACUAAGGAUGCAAACCUCUGUCAACAUCAAAGAAUCCACACUAGAGAAAAAUUCUAUAAAUGCCUGAAAUGUGGAAUGUGUUUCAAUAUGAGAGGAGCUCUCUUUGUAGACUUCAGAUGAUUCACACAGGAGAAAAACCAUAUAAAUGCCUGAACUGUUGGAAAAGUUUCAGGUCAAAGCAGAACCUUUAUUCACAUCAAUGUAUCUACACACAAAAAAUAUAAUUUUUUUAAAAAAGAAGUGGUUUGCUCUCUAUUGUGUUUAAUUUUGGUAUAGUUGUCUCACUUUGUUCAUUGAGUUUCCAAAUGGAGUUGCUGCUAGAUCCUUUUUCUUCUAGUAAUUCAUAGGAUUUUACAUUUGAUAAAUAUACAGUCUGAGUAGUCUGUGGGAAAAAGCUCAAAUAUAUAACAUGUUUUGCAAGUCACUAUAAUGUGAGUCUCUCAUGUCCAUGAUUUUUGUUUGUUAAAUAAUAAAAAUGUCUAAAAACUUAUUUUCCCUGUUGCAAAGUGUCAGUUUACAAUAGUUUACAAUAGUUCUUGACCCUGACAUCAUUCAGCCCAUCUUGGAAGUAGCCAACCAGGAUGUCUUGUGGCCAGGCAGUGAACCUGCAA